AUGGCUCAAGAAAGCUCCCAGACUGUCCCAGAAUCCAUCAGAAUGGUUCUUAUCGGCCCUCCAGGUGCCGGUAAGGGUACACAAGCUCCAAACUUGGUGGAGCGUUUCAAGGUCUGCCACCUGGCUACUGGUGAUAUGCUUAGAUCACAAGUCGCCCAAAAGACCGCUCUAGGUCUAGAGGCUAAGAAGAUCAUGGACCAAGGUGGUCUAGUGUCUGACGACAUCAUGGUCAACAUGAUCAAAAACGAAUUGACCACCAAUCCAGCCUGCAAAAACGGUUUCAUCUUGGACGGUUUCCCAAGAACCAUCCCUCAAGCAGAGAAAUUGGACCAAAUGUUGGCUGAAAGAGGCACUCCUUUACAAAAGGCUGUUGAGUUGCAGGUCGACGACGAACUAUUGGUCUCUAGAAUCACCGGUAGAUUGGUUCAUCCAGCAUCUGGUAGAUCCUAUCAUAAGAUCUUCAACCCACCAAAGAAGGAGAUGACCGAUGAUGUUACUGGCGAGCCUCUAGUCCAAAGAUCUGACGACAAUGCCGAUGCUUUGAAGAAGAGAUUGGCUGCCUACCACCAACAGACCGAGCCUAUUGUGGACUUUUACAAGAAGACUGGUAUCUGGGCUGGCGUCGACGCUUCUCAACCACCACAGACUGUCUGUACUUCCAUCUUGAAAUGUCUAGGUCAAGCCUAG